AUGGAGUCACCAUCCCAGGAGAAAAGAGGGACCAAUGUCAUCACUAUAGAACCAAAUGAAACUAUAUUGGCUGCAUUUCCCUUUAGACCUCAUAUCUCUCUGCUGGAUUUCCUGAAAGGGGAACCAAAAGUUUUGGGGGCUGUCCACAUCCUGCUUUCUCUGGUCAUUAUAGGACUUGGAAUUAUAUUUGCAUUUAAUUCCAUCACUUUCUCCAAAACAUUUCCCCUCGUUUUCCUCACAGGAUAUCCAUUCUGGGGUGCACUUAUUUUUUUUCUUACAGGAUUCCUCACAUUGAACAACAGGAAAUCAAAUAAAAUUCUGGGACUACGUGUCACAACCAUGAAUGUCAUCAGUGCUUUGGCUGCACUGGCUGGGAUUAUUUUCACUAUCAUCAGCUUCACGCAGCAACACAAGUUCUGUGAGAUGCCUUCCCUGGAAGGAUCCUGUGUUGUAGGUAGAACACUUCUUGUUGGGAUUUUGUCAGUCAUUUUAAUCAUCAGCAUAGCAGAGCUCAGCAUCUCUGUGACUGUCGCAUCCUUUCGAAGCAACUGCUGGACACAUUCAGAUAAGGUUCUGUUUUUCUUGCCUUCAGAUAUCACUCAAAGUAGUGAACAACAAUCCCCAGAAGAAAAUGCUCAAUUACAAUUUGCAUUUCAAGAGAACCCUUACUUUGACAAUACAACUUCAAACAUACAAACCAUUUUCUUUGGAGGCUAUGCUUUCUUCAAGUUAAGAGUCUCAAGAGGUCCUUUGUCUCCCCAAAGCAAAUCACAGCCAAGUGAUAAAGCUCAUGAUAGUUACUACACACCUCUUAUACCUAUUCCAGAUGAACACCAGGACAGUAUCCCUCCACCUUUCAAGUUGUCACAGGAAGAAGAGAUGAAAUCUCCACCUUCCACAUUAGAAGCAAGUUCCUCAAAAAAUCCUAUAUUCACUCAAGGAAACAGUACAACAGAACAGCUGGAUGAUAAAGAAUUAAAAUCUGCUACUGCACAACCCUCUGAAAUGCAAACCCAACUGCUUCAGGACCAAGCCUCGCCACUCCAAGCUGUACCAAACUCAUAUGAAAGAAAACUUGAAGACAGUCCAUCCCAAGACAUACCAUCCCAAGAAAUUCCAAUUGAAAACAUUUCAUCCAAAGAUAUUUCAUCCAAGAACAUAUCAUCUCAAGACAUGACAUCCCAAGAAACUCCAACCAAAGACAUUUUAUCCCAAGACACACCAUCCCAAAACACACUAUUCCAAGACACACCAUCUCAAGACAUUUCUACCCAAGACGUUUUAUCCCCCAAAACACCAUCUCAAGACAUUCCAGCCCAAGACAUUUCAUCCCAAGACAAACCAUCUCAAGACAUUACAACCCAAGACAUUCCAUCCCAAGACACACCAUCCCAAAACACACCAUCUCAAGAUGCAUCAUAUCAGUAUAUGCCAUUGCAAAACACAUCAUCCAAAGAUGUGCCAUGCCAAGAUCUUCAAUCACAAAGCCAAGAGUUUCCAGAAAUAAUAUAUCAAGACAUUCAAUCAGAAGUCAUGGAACUGAAAGAAUGGAAAUCUGAGAAGAAACCCCAUGGCUUAAAAUCCCCAAGAAGACUAUCUUUAGAUCUGCAAAACAAAGAUGGGAAAUCUCCAAGAAGACAUUCCUUAGACCUGCCAAGAAAACAUAAGCAAUCCCAAAAGCGAUAUUCCUUAGACCUACCAAGCAAAUCUCCAAGACGAAAUUCUCUAGACAAAAAACUCAAAGCCUGGCUAUUCCCAAAGAAGCACUCCAUAGAUAGCAAACACAAUAUAAUCAAAGCUCAAAGCAAACUCCCUGAUCAGCAAGCUGAAGAUCAAGAGGACAAAGGGGAACAAUCCGAAAACGAUCAAUAUGAAGACCAAGAGGCCAUAGAAGAGCAAUCCCCAAAGGCACAAUCUGAAGGUGGAGAAGAUAAAGAUCAGCAGGCUAACAAUGAGCAAUCCCCAAAGAAACAAAUCCAUGAUCAGCAAGCUGCAGACCAGCAGGCCGAAGAAGAGAAACCCUCAAAGGGACAAUUCCCCAAAUUGGCAAGUCAAACAACAACAAACUCAAGUGCAGAAAGCUCCAAAGCAGCUCUCGGACAGACAGGAAUACCAAAACUACCAAUCCCCAGAAAAGCUCCACUGGACAACCUCAAGCAGGCAACCUUUUUGUCACCAAUUCCAAGACUGGAGAAGUCAAGGCUGGAGAAACAGAGACUGGAAAGCACAAGAAUGGCAAUUUGA